CCAACCAAAUUUUUUACGAUAUGUUUUGUGGACCGAUGAAGCCUCUUUCACAAGAGACGGUAUUUUUAAGAGUAGAGAGUAGGAAUAGCUAUGUUUGGGACGAAGAAAAUUCUAAUGCAAUUUUUCCAAGAAAACAUCAGAAUCUGUUGGUCUGUCAACGUAUGGGCAGGCAUUGUUGAUGAUUAUUUAAUUGGGCCAUACCUUCUACCGGAACGGUUACCAGGACCUAUUUAUCUGCGUUUCUUGGAGGAAGUUCUCCUAGAACUCCAUGAAAAUGUUUCACUAAAGGUUAGACAGCAAAUGUGGUUUCAGCAUGAUGGAGCGCCGGCUCACUUUGCUGUACAAGUACGCGAUUAUUUGGCUCAGCGGUUUGGGCACCAUUGGAUUGCCAGACGUGGAGCAGUUUCUUUACGAUUUUACGUGUUCUACCCGAUUUAACGUCGCUCGAUUUUUUCUUGCGGGGACAUGUAAAGUCUUUAGUCUACGAAACUCCAGUUCAAAACCAGGAUCAAAUUUUUAGUGUAGUCCGCCGAAAUCAUGUGCGGCGUUUAAAUCGGUGUAUUGAGGUUGGAGGAAGACAUUUUGAACAAUUGUUGUGAUGGUAUCAUAUACAAAAGGGCCGUAGUGGCGUAGUGACACAUUUCCGGACAUGGGUUCCUAUACUCAAAUGGAUUUUACUCUUGCACUGAACAACCACUAGAAGUUUGAUCCCAUAGUAUUGAAACACCUUGAAUAUCACGUAUACUUUAAGAUUAUGUCAUCGAAAUAGGUAGAAAAUUAAACUGUAAAAAAAUUUGUAAGCAUUGCAAGAAAAAAGCAAAAGUCGCCUAUCAAAGUGAAACAAAAUGAAAGGCAACUUUUGGAAAAGUGAGGUUAAGGAAAGAAAAACAAGCACAACAGAGAAAAUAUUAUUUCAAAAUAUGAAGGAAAAGAAAUUAAAAGAUAUACAUUGAGAUACAAUUCAGAAGCUGUUAAGUCCAUUUAAGCAGGCUAUUGAAAAAAAAAUUAGUGGUCUCGAGGCUUCAGUUCAACACAUCCUUAGGGAGAGAAAUAUGGCGUUGAAACAACGAGUGCAGUCUUUGGAAGGUAGGUAGGAGGACUCUGAAACAAACGAUCAAAUUAACAAUGGUAUUAUUUAUAAGUAUCUGUAUAAGAGAACCCAGACCCUGUGAAAGUUGUGCGAAUGAUAGGCACCUGAAAUGUCCUGGACUGAAACUUAACCUGAAAUGACUGGAGUAAAUUCAUUAACUGUGACCUACAUGUUGAGGUGAUUUAGCAGACUUUUUGUAAAAAUAAUUUUUCAAAUUAGCAACUUAUUGGUCUAGUUGUUUCCCUAAGUCUGCAAGCGCCCUUAUAUCGUAGAAGCACAGUUCUUUUGACAGCACUUCUUAGACGAUAAUUUUUAUAUUUAGUAAGCUAAUUUUCCUGUGGAAGUUGUCAUUAUCGCUUUGGUUCCUUUCCAGGUAUAGUUUUAGUUCCAAAGGAAUAUUAUAGUACUGAGCAGUUCUUGCUAUUGAGUCUAGUUUUUAAAAUUUGUUUCAGCCUUUUGUCACAUUCAGGUGUUAUUCAUUUUUUAUUAUCGAUUCAAUCGUGUUCCCAUUUUCUAUCUAAAAGCUAUUGUGUUAUAAUAUUCCGUUUUGGAUGUUUAAUUCUUGACACUUAUCUAUCUCAAAAUGCAUCGUUAUACAUCGGCGAGAACUCAAUAUAGAGCAUAUGAUUUAUUUUAAUCAGCCAGGUAAUAUUGUUUUUAUUUUUAAAUCGACAGUCAUAUCGAUACCUCAGUUCAAUAACGUAACAAGUCAAAAAAACUUAAAUUUGAGUUAUUACAAACAACUCGUAUUUAAUACUUUAAUUCAUAGAUGGCGCUCCAUAAAUCUGAAACAACUCGAAAUCGGUCGUUGUCAUAGUUCGAUAGUGUAACAACUCACUUGUUACAGUAUUGAAUUAUAUUGAUCCCUAUCUCAUUGUGACGCGUGCAUUUCGAAUUGUUACAGUGCUCUUAAUGAGUGAAUUUACGCAAAACAAAGUGAAUAAAGAGCCCUUUGAGUCUCGUGUUGAGUUGUUAUUACGUUUAGCGAAAACCAAUACCAAGACCGAGGAAAGUUCAGCGGUAAGUACAUUAAUUUUAUUAUUUUUCUUUAUUUCGAGAUAACCUUACUUUGUGCUUAGUUUCAAUAGGCUUUUAUAAUGUAUGCACAACUCACAAUUUUGAUUUAGAUAUUGAUUUUUCUUUCAAUUCUGUUCACAAUGUUUUAGUAAAAUGUUUUUAGGUAAAAAAAAAAUUAUGUUGUAGGAACUAUUACCGAGACUAUCUAGACCUACGGAUAAUGAUACUAUAUGCGAAAGUAUUAUUAAUGAGAAUAACUUGAGUUUACCAAGUCACUUAAAGAAACAUUUUUCUGGUCAUGAAGAUAAUAUAAUUUUAUUACCCGAAGAUGAUUUACGAGGAGCAAUAUUAAUCAUAAUAUUAAAUUAAUUUAGGAACUACCAUUGUUACCGGUAGAUAACUGCCUAAAUUUUGAUAAUGCGCACAGUACUUUUGCAAACAAUAAACCUAGUACAUCUGGCAUUAAUAGACAACUAAAGAAGACAUUGACUGAGAACUGGUCAAAUAAAUACAUAGCAAAAAAUACAGAUUCUGACAGCUUUUAUGAAGAUAAUGACGACAGUAUUGCAGACAAAGAUUACCAACCGUCAUCCCUUCAUAUCCUUUUAACACGUCAUAGUUCUGAAGAUACCGAAAACAGCAAUUAUGAAAACCAAAAUUUGUCUUUAACCCUUAAAAAGAAAAAAAGUUAACCAGAAAAAGAGUAAGGGACCCUAACAGUUAGAAAAAAAUAUUAAAAAAAUAAAAAGGAAAUUAGGAGAAGAAUACAUAAAUGCGUCAAAAAAGAAAAUGGAAAAAAGAAUAAUGCGAGAGUCGUGCAAUGAAAAGUGCAGAAUUAGAUGGCCAACUAAAAUAUCGGAAGAUCAACGCAGAAAUAUUUUGAAUGCUUACUGGAAAUUGGGGUCAAUAGACAGACAAAGAGGCUUUAUCAAUGCCUAUAUUUCUGAAAUUACCCCAACUUAUAGAAACAAAAAGGAAGGUAGUAAUAGAUCCAAAAAUCUUAAGUACACCUUACAGACUGAGGAUAAGGUAUAUCAAGUAUGUAAAACAUUCUUCAAAAAUACAUUAGGUAUCAAUAAUCGGACUAUUUUUACAACUACUAAAAAAAAAAGAUGAGCAAGGUUGUCUGUUACUUGAUCAACGAGGAAAACAUGGGAAGCAAAGAAGGAUUAAAGAAGAAAUCAUUCAAGGAAUACGAGACCACAUUAAGUCAUUUCCUAAAAAAACAUCGCAUUAUUGCCGGGAAAGAACAAACAAAGAAUACCUGGAUGGUAGCUUAAACAUUGCUACUAUGUAUCGCCUUUAUGUGGAACGUUGCAAAUCGUAUAAUAAAGAUGCCGCAAAGUUGUCUAUGUAUUCAAAUAUAUUAAAUACAGAAACAAAUAUUGCUUUCCACGUUCCAAAAAAACAUCAAUGUGGUCUAUGUGCUACCUAUAUAAAUGGAAAUGAAGAACGAAAAACUGAAUUAAAAAAGAAUUACGAAAAUCAUUUAAGGAAGAAAGAACUAAGCAGAGAGGAAGAAACUAAAGACGCUGAAACAGCUAAUGAAAAUACCCAAGUAUUGUGUUUUGAUCUUCAGGCAGUACUUACUACACCUUGUGGUGAAAUAAGUACUUUUUAUUAUAAAAGAAGUCUGUCUUCCUACAACUUUACUAUCUUUGACAUUAAAGACAAACUGGGACACUGUUUUUUCUGGUAUGAAGGGAUCGCGAAGAGAGGAGCAAAUGAAAUUGGGAGUUGUAUUUAUAAUUUUUUUAGAAGUGACGCCUGCAAAAGCGAAAAUGUUAUUUUCUACUCUGAUAACUGUGCAGGGCAAAACAAAAAUAAGUUUUUAUGCUGUUUGUACCUUUUCUGUGUAACGCAUAAAAAUAAAAUCAAAACAAUUACACAUAAAUUUUUAGAAAAGGACAUACCCAUACAGAAUGAGGGUGACAGCAUGCAUGCCACAAUCGAAAAAGAAAAAAAACGAGUUCUUAAAAGUGGCCCAGUAUACAUUCCUGCACAAUGGGUAACUAUUAUAAGAUCAGCAAAAAAAACUAGAGUGCCUUACAAGGUUAAUGAAAUCAGUUGUCGGGAUAUUUAUGACCUGAAAGCAUUAAGUACGGCUAUGAGUAAUAAUUUUGUAAAAAACUCUAAUAGCGAAAAAGUUAUUUCGAAGGAUAUCAAGGAAGAAUUUAAAACUCUUAAUAUUAAACAAAAUAAUAAAAAACUAAGAUCUGAAAAUCAAGAGAAGGAAAUUCAGUUACAACCCGCAUUUAAAAAACCUCCUUUAAUUGAUAAGAAGAAAAAACAGGAUCUUUUAAGUCUAUGUCGAGAUAGUUCCAUCAAACCUGUUUACUGGGAGUUCUUUGAAAAUUUACCAGCAAGAACGGACGAAGUCGAGGAUAAGUUAUCUGAGUCAGAUUCAGAUUAGUUUUAAAUAAUUAUAAUU